GUUGGGGUCUGUGCGCGGCUGCGACUGACGCGUCCGAAUGCAAGCCGCAAUUCUUCGACUGUACACGCCAUUAUAGUUUUCUUGCAUGCUUCUUGAUCUCGAUGAUCCCGAGCAUCUAGGAAGAGAUCACUGCUGUCUGCACCUCGCUAAAUGCAACAUGUCCGAGACCACGUCUCAAGAAGCACAAGAAAAUGUUCGCGCGAUGCAGGCGCGACCCGUGAACGCGUCCACGAUAGCCUAUCCACCAUUAAGCUACUAAAGCGCUUCCGAAAGUGCUCUGGGACCGUGCCGUUUCUUUCAAAUAAUACGUGCGUCAAGUAUGGGCGCAGCAUGCAUCUCAGCGAAGCAUGCAUUAUACGAUUCAUUGCCGAACGACUUACGGGCACGACCAUGUCAGUACAUGCCCUUUGUGUCCUAUCAAUGUCCCCUGUUGCGAAGCUCUUGCCUUCCCUGUACUGAUUUCAAUAGAGUUACGUACUCGUAAUGCAAGACUCACUUUCUAUUGCGUGGGCGAAAGCACGUCUGAAGUACCUUUGUAUUUCCUCAUACACUACCUGGAGUGAAGUAUGAUC